AUGCCUAUCAAGAAAAUGACAAAACGAUCCUUCACCACAGAGAUGGAUCGGAGCAUCAAGCGGAUGUUGAAGCUGAUUGAAGAGGAUGGGGAUUCAUUUGCGAAAAAAGCCGAAAUGUAUUAUCAAAAGAGGCCUGAAUUGAUUGCUCAUGUUGAAGAAUUUUAUCGCUUGUACCGGUCCCUGGCUGAACGCUAUGAUCAUGUGACAGGAGAGCUGCGGAAGAAUGUGACCUUGGAUCUCCAAUCCCAGAGUUCAUGCCUUUCUGACAUUGGUUCAGAACUGCCAUCUGCAUGGCCGUCUCCUGACGUACAAACCCAAAGGCUCGGUCGUCGGAGAUCUGGCCCUCGUGCUGCUGGCUUUGAUUUCUUCCUUGGCCCUGGUGUAAGCAGCUCGGAUAAUUACCAGAAAGAGGGAGACGAAUCAUCUUCAUUAACCGAUUCCGAGCCAGAAUCUGAUGAUUCUUCAGUCAAUAAUUAUUCAACUCCCUUAGGAAAUGGUGGUGAUCAUGGGCAGAUGAGAAAGAUAAUUGAAUUGGAAAUCGACCUUCGUGAAGUGAAGGAGAAGCUCCGGAUGCAACAGGAAGAUAAUACAGAUUGUUCAUUCACGGGUUCAAAAACUGAUCAUUCCGAAGGAAUUUCUGCAAAAAUUGCAGAAUAUGAGCAAGAGCUGACAACUGCAAAUGAAAAAUUACGGAACUCAGAAGAAGAGAUUGCCAGGUUGAACAUCAAGCUCAAAAGGUACGAGUCCUCAGAACUUAAUAAUGGUUUUGAUGUUGCACUUGAAACAUCAAAACAGAAAGAGGCCAAGAGGGAUGAGGGUGAGCAAGACAUCGAGAUAAAUGAAAUGUCAGAGGUUCAUAAAAGUGUUGGAGGGCCGGAAGAAGUUAAAGACCCAGAUGGCAAGAUGGAGGCAUUGAUGAAAGAGCUUAAAAUCACGAAAGAUAGACUUCAGGUAUCAGAGAAAGAGAUUGCAAGUUUGAGACAUCAACUUGAGAGUAAUAAAGCCUCUGAGGAAAUCCAGCGGUUGCAAGGUCAGCUUGAAUCCGCUAACAAGGAUAUUUCCAUGUGGAGAGCAAAGCUCAACACAGAGAAAAGAGAGGUGUCCAAGCUGCAGGAACGAAUUACAAGGUUAAAAAGUAGUUUAUCAGACCGGGAUCAUGAGGUCAUGGAUUUGAAAAUAGCAGUAUCUGAUGCUGAGGAGAAGAUUUUCCCAGAAAAGUCACAGGUUAAGGCUGAAAUAUCCCGAUUGCAAUCAGAACGGACACACUUAGAGGACCAGCUUAGAGACUGGGAAUCUCGUGGCCGGUUGUUGGAGGAUGAAAUCAGACAGAUGAAGGCUGGAAAAACAGAAAUGGAGGUGAGACUUAAUGGCAAAAUCGAGCAGUUAAAGGAAGACAUCCUUGAGAGAAGCAAUCAAAUGGAGAAUUUAAACACGACCCUUGAUGCUAUGAAAAUAGAAAGAGAUGAGCUUAAUACCAAAGUAGUAACACUUAAAGCAGAGGCGAGUUCUCGAGAUGAUCAGAUCAAUGAGAUGGACAAGAAUUUGCAACAAAUACAAACAGAACGUCAAGAACUGCUCGACGGGGCUGAAGGGGCACGUAAACUGGUGGAGGAGCUGACAGCAAGAGCGAAAGAACUCGAGGAGGAGAUUCAGAGGCAAAGAGUUACGAUUAUGGAAGGAGCAGAAGAAAAAAGAGAAGUUAUAAGGCAGCUGUGCUUCUCUCUUGAACAUUAUAGAAAUGGAUACCAUAGACUCCGACAGGCUUGCAUGGGGAACAAGCAGCGAGUUCCAGUUUUGGCAUCUUAA